AUGCUCUCCAACUAUCGCAAGAUGAACUACGCACUAAUAUUUCAACUUGCCUUGAUGGUUGUAGUACCCGCUAUUGAACAAACAGUCUCAGUUGGCUGUUUCUCCGCAGGAACAGAGGGUUCAUGUGCUAGCUUCAUUCAAACUUUCUGUCAGUCUGGCCAGGAUAUUCUCCCUGUAGGACCCGAGAACACUUAUGCCCGGUGUUUCAACGCCAAUGGAUUUAAAUGCGACUUUACUGCUUGGAACUUGCUUCCCUCCAAUUCUCAAGGCAACGUCCCAAGUGGUGUUAACUGCCAAACCGUCCUUGAUACUGUUGCUGAAGUAUGUCCCCAGGGCGGUCAAGGUAGCAUCACGGCGGGGACAUUUGUAUUCACUCUCGACCCGAACACAGGAAGCUGUGGCGCAGAUGCGAUAUCUGGCGGUCUCGGAAGUAGUACUUGA